CCACCACGCCCUGUUCUCUGCUCUGUGUGGGAGCUCCUUCCGGUCACUCUGCUGCUUCGAGCGUGACGUCUGUCCGCGUAAUUGACAAGCAGGGUUCCACGUACCUUCCAUUGCUUUCAUCUGCCCAUACGACCCGGCACACAAACACUCCGAAAUAUACCUUCCAACAUGUUCCAGAACCAACAGAAUGCGAAUCGCGGCGCCCCGCUGGGCACAAAUCGGCUACAGAACGGCAAGAUGGGCGGCGCAUCUCAAUGGGCAUUCGGGGGAGCCAUGGGAGGUGCCCCGGGGCUGUCAAAUACGCAAGCACGAACGAACGGCGGCGCAAUGUCAAGCUUCGCGCAAGCUAUGAGCGGGUCGCAGCCUCACACCCCGCUCAACCUCGAGGAAUUCCCGUCGUUAUCGGGCGCACCGCAGGCGCAACAGAAUACUUCGGCGCAGCAGAUGUGGGCGAACCCAACCGUCCGGACUGCGGCGCAGCAACAAACCAUCGGGCGACCACAGGGCCAAGGACCGCAACAGGGACAAAAUGGUCAAACAUCGAGUCAACAAGCGCAAAGUCAAGGACAGGAUGAUUCAAGUCAGAGCCAAUUCUCUGGUCCCGGCGACGACUAUAGGUUCGGAGGCCAAGGAGGCGUCGGCCAGCUUUCUGGCAGUGCGCAGCCCCAGACGACCAACAUUGACGACUUUCCACCUCUAGGCGGCGCAGCAGGAGAAAUUGGACCCGAUCGCAGAGCGGGUCUGAUACAGAAUGCUGCAGCUUUCGGUAACAGUGGCAACUCGGGCGCAUUCCCCGGGCUCGGUCAGACUCGUAAUGGCCUGUCCAGUCCGACUGACAGCCAGCAAGAUCGGGUCCUGAAUCCUACGGUUGGCGGAAGAGGACUGCCGGGUGGAGCGUCACGCGCGCCCUUCGAGAACCUGCGCUCAACACCAACGAACUUGCAAGAUGGCAACCAACGAACGCCUCAACAACCCGGGAACAUGGGUUUCCUUGGGCCUCAGAUUGGCCGUACAGAUCUUGGUGCAUUAGGUCAACGGCCGCAACAAGGUCAAUUCGAUCAAAACUUCGGUGCCGAGAACUCAAGCUCCUCGCCAAACACGCAGAUACCACUGUACAAGAAGCUUGCGGAAAUGUCCGACACGGAGCGGUACGGGCUGCCUGGACUACUCUCCCUGAUACCACUUGAGAGCCCCGAUCACUCUUCACUUGCCAUGGGCCAAGAUUUGACGGUGCUGGGUCUGGAUUUGGCUCGACCAGAGAAUUCUCCACUCCAUCCCACCUUCGGAUCGCCUUUCGUAGAAUCGAACGCCAAGCCCGUUAUUCCUCCGGAUUUCACUCUGCCUGCAGCAUAUACUGUGACGAAUGUGCCGCCGCUUCACUCCAAGAUGGGUAGCUUCUCUGCAGAAACUCUUCUAGCCAUCUUCUACCAAUUCCCCAAGGAUAUUCUGCAGGAGCUUGCGGCGCAAGAGCUGUAUAACCGUGAUUGGCGAUGGCACACGAAGCUACAACAGUGGAUGAUGAAGGACCCAGAUCUGCCACCACCAAUUCGCACAACACCAACGCAGGAGAGGGGUUGGUAUCUCUUCUUCGAUGUGACGAACUGGCGGCGGGAGAGGAUCAGCGGCAUGGUAGCCCUGCCAUGGGAGGAUAAUUGCUCUGCUUUGCGUGAGCUGCGUGCUUUCCUCAUCUUCACUGAAGGUGCGGGUAGUCAAAUCCGCCACUCCCUCACCCUCCUCGGCGCCGCCUGUCGCGAAAUGACACCUGCCGGCGCAAAGCCCAUUCCCCUCCAUCCCUCGCGCUUCAACCUCCUCGCGCGCCCCGUCGCCGCCAGCAAAGCGUGCCACGUCUGCGCGCUUCCAGGCCACAGUUCGCCGAACAUCAAGAGCACGGCCGCAUGUCGGGUUGCGCUCGUAUCGCUGGUAGGUUUUUGGGAAGAGGUGGCGACGCACAUAUCCGCGCUGUACGGCACGUCUGCGCGCUUCAAGGCUGCGAUUGUAGCCAACAAGCCGACUUAUGAGAUGAGGCUGGAUGAUGGAGGCUUAAAGGGAGGGGAUAUUGAGAGCGUGUUGGUGGAGCGGUUGACGAGGGGAUGGUUGCGGUUCGUCAGCCAUGUGCAACGCAUCAGGGCGAGGGUCAAUGUUGUGCUGAGCGAGGGCGAGGUCGGGAGGUAUGUGGAACUGGAGAGGAACUUGAAUGGGUUCUUGAUGGAUGGGUCGACGUUGUCGGAUCUGUUUGAGAGGAGCGUUGCUGGGAAGGAGUGA